AUGGCCAGACGAUCGCUGCCGCUCCUGAGGCAGCUCCUUCGGAGUCCAAAACCCCGCGAAUCCCCUCCUUCCGCCCAGAGCAGGCGAUCGGUGACCUACAUGCCGCGGCCGGGGGACGGUGCCCCGAGGGCCGUCACCCUCAUCCCCGGCGAUGGAAUCGGGCCGCUGGUGACGGCGGCGGUGGAGCAGGUGAUGGCGGCGAUGCGCGCUCCGGUCUUCUUCGAGAAGUACGAGGUCCACGGCGACAUGGCCGCAGUGCCGAGGGAGGUCAUGGAGUCGAUCCGGCGGAACAAGGUCUGCAUCAAGGGCGGCCUGGCCACUCCGGUGGGGGGAGGCGUGAGCUCGCUCAAUGUGCAGCUGAGGAAAGAGCUUGAUCUCUACGCCUCUCUCGUCUACUGCUUCAAUCUCCCGGGGCUGCCGACGAGGCACGAGAAUGUGGACAUUGUGGUGAUCAGGGAGAACACGGAGGGGGAAUACGCCGGGCUGGAGCACGAGGUCGUCCCCGGGGUCGUGGAGAGCCUCAAGGUGAGUCUCCUUCGACCUCUCCCCCCUUCAAUUGGUCUCUUAUUUUGGAUGUUGGCGAGCCCUAUUGGCUGCCCCAGUUCUCCUCCUCUAGGCCUAAGCACUCUCCUAGAACCCUCUCCGUCGCUUCCCCAAUUGGGUUCACUGCAAGCAUGCCUGGCGUGGGGGAUGAGGGAAGGGUACGCUGCCCAUUCGGGCAAUUCAACGGGCAAAAACCCAGCCAAUUCUCGACGGAGAACGACAGCCUGCUCUAUUCACCGACCAGCCAUAAGCCAAAAGGCCCAAUCUGUUAUCCACUGGGUGAAAACUCCCCGAGUAGAGAAUCUGAGAAGAAAAAAAGCGUACAAUAUAUCCUGGCGUUAUCCACUGUUUUCCUUGUUCCCGUCAUUUCUCUGGAGAAUUUCAAGGACUGCCAAUGUCAGAGGAGGUAGCUGAUUCAGUGAACUGGACUAGCAGCUGCGGAAUCCCUGAGUGCACUAAAUCAAGGCAUACCCGUAUGAAAUCAAGGCCCAUUCGUGGGUAAUUGAAGCCAAAACAUGAGAGGAUGGAUGUUCCCAUUUUGGUGUCCUUUUGAUGACAUUAGAAGCCACCGCUGCAGGUCUGUCAGAGGUACCGCCGCUGCAGGUUGGUUACGAAGUUGACUAGAUCAGUCGUAAACAAGCAGCCUCUUAUGAAGAAGAUCUGUCUGGAAUUGCAGUACGUAUCAUCCCUUUGUCAACCUGUCACAUUGAUUGAUUGACUGUCUGAUCUCUUUUCACUUGAUUCCGAGUAGUUGAGUUGACAACUCUGUUAGCAUCCGUUCAGUAUGUGAAUGAAUCCUUAGAACCUUAGAAUCGCUAGUCUGAGCUAUUUCUAUUCAUGGGUCUCUUGAUUUUCUAGCUUCAGGCUAAUUUCAAAUUCUCGAUAGAAAAUAUUACAUGAUUGUAGCCCAAGAAAUUAUGUUCCCCGUCAUCCUUUUUUCCCCAUCACAAUGAGAAACUCUUGAGUCUAAUUAUUACUUAGCAACCGAGACAGGUGAUCACCAAGUUCUGCUCGGAACGCAUUGCAAAGUACGCCUUUGAGUAUGCCUACCUCAACAACAGGAAGAAGGUCACAGCGGUUCACAAGGCCAACAUCAUGAAGCUGGCCGACGGCCUGUUCUUGGAAUCCUGCCGUGAGAUUGCCACCAAGUACCCCGGCAUCAAGUACGACGAGAUAAUCGUUGACAACUGCUGCAUGCAGCUGGUUUCCAAGCCCGAGCAAUUUGAUGUGAUGGUAUGUACGUUCUUCGCCGUUGCCCCCAAUUAAUCAUACUCUCCUGUUUUUUCCAGCUGAACACCGUGAAUGAAUCCCAUGUUAUCGGAAAAAUAAUGCCAUUUCGAUGCAUAAUAGAUAGGAAGGCUGUUCAUGCGUGGCCAUUGAUCUAGUUCUACCAUCCACAGGUGACUCCAAACCUGUACGGCAAUCUCGUGGCCAACACGGCGGCGGGCAUCGCCGGAGGAGCCAGCUUCAUGCCCGGAGGUACUUACUUUCUCCAAAGUUUCUGUAUUAUGGUAACUAGUAGUGAACUCUACCAAAAGCCGAACUACCGUCACCCAGUAAAAGAUAUAUAUAUAUAUAUAUAUAUAUAUAUAUAUAUAUAUAUAUAGAGAGAGAGAGAGAGAGAGAGAGAGAGAGAGAGAGAGAGAGAGAGAGAGAGAGAGAGAGAGAGGGAGAGAUUGAAGUCGAUCGCCAUGAGCAAAGGGGGAAGAGAGAGUCUGAACCGGUGAAUUGCAGGGAAUGUGGGGCAAGAGCAUGCGAUAUUCGAGCAGGGGGCGUCGGCGGGGAACGUGGGGAGCAGGAAGCUGGUGGAGGAGAAGAAGGCGAACCCGGUGGCGCUUCUGCUAUCGUCGGCGAUGAUGCUGAGGCACCUGCAGUUCCCGUCCUUCGCCGACCGGCUAGAGAUGGCCGUUAAGCGUGUGGUGGCGGAGGGUAGGUGCAGGACCAUGGACCUCGGCGGUGACGCCACCAUCCAGGAGGUCGUCGAGGCCAUCGUAGCCGCCCUCCAUUGA